AUGUCUGCUCAAUUGCCACAACACGCCUCACUGUCUCAGAGACGCGACAACUACUUCGAGGACGGUGGACGUGACGGAGAGGAUAUUGAAGAUCAUCGCAGAAAGAGACCCCGGUCAGAUUCGGCGAGGGCAACUUCGACGGCCAACAUGAGGACGCACCUAGCGAAACACAACAUUUCGGGGAAGUCCGACCCAGAGGGCCUGGGGGAGGGCUCCAGCAAGACGAAAGAGCGCUCAAUGGCUUCACUUUCCCAGCCCCGAGCCGAACUUGAUGGUGCAGCAUUUACGUCACUUGAGUCUCCUGCGUUCCAACAGAUAUUCCAGAAAUUGCAGUGUGGCCCUAUUCCUUCCACUCAAACGGUUCACGGACAUGCUCCACAAUUGCGCUUUCCUGGGAUGUAUCGACGAGCGAGGACCAUAGAGCCGUAUUGGGAGUUAGGUCACUGGGUGUCCCCCGACUUCAAAUAUCAAGAACGGGUCCUAGAGUUCAGCGAGCUUGAAGGACCCCCCAGUGGAGAAAAUAUGGCGGAGAUUCUGCGAAAGAUGCUUGUCGAGCUUCGGAUUCAGGACAAGCUGUUCACAAUCACAGCUGGAAAUUCGUUGGAUAAGGAAACGCUGACGUCUGAGCUGUAUCGUGGUCUGUUUGAAAAGUACAAUUCGGAGGAUUCCAACUCGUCCGAUAAAGGACGUUUCCGAUUUCAAGGCAUUGGCAGCUACAUCACGUGUCUUUCACAUGUCCUCAAGCUCAUUGUCCGCGAUAUCCUCUUGGGGAUGAAACCUGGAGACCAUAAGUCUGCCAUGGAAGCCUAUGAUCUCUUACAGGGAAAGAAGACAAUCGGACAGCGGUCUGCGUUGGCCCGCCUUCGGAUCGUGGCUCUCUGGAUAUCGGGAACACCUCAACGACGACGGUGGUGGGAAUCCAUUUGCCAAGACCUUGACUUAAGCGACAAGGUCAUCGACUAUGAUGAGGAAACCCGCUGGGACUCCACACACCGCAUGCUCCGGGGAGCCUUGCAAGCCAAAGAACAGAUCCAGAAGUGGAUCGAGCAUCAGGACCUGUUUCCGCCAUUUUCAGCUGACGACUGGUUGCAGCUGCAACAGCUCGAAAUGAUCCUCUCCAAGUUCAAUGGGUUCAGUAAACUGGUUUCCAAGCGGCAAUGCCAGACCAGCCUCGCCAUUCUCAUCUAUCACGAACUGAAUGAGAUGCUCGAGGAUGCAGCUGCAGCUAGGGAUUACCUUGCCAUUCCGAUGUCUGGGCUCUCAGCAGAGAGACUGUUUAGCCGUGGUAUGGAUCUGUUAGAGAUGAGUCGAGAAUCUCUAAAUGGUGAGACAAUGCGGAAAAUGAUGCUGUUGAGAGAUCCUUCGAAUCAAAGCAGCGGCUGGUUGGAGAAUGCCAGCAAGACGCUCUAG